CCCAGAUCUUGCUUCCAGCCCUCCAAAACAAUAUGGCUGGGAAACCGGUCAAUAUGGAAUACCCAAAUUGGCUCAAGAAGAGGAUUGAGGAUAGCACCAAGAUCUGGGGUGUUCCUCCUGAUCGAGUGAUCCGCCAGAUAGAGGAGCAGGGCAGGAUUGUAGGAAACCCAGUACAGCGGAGGCCGUCGCCACCCAGAGUCAUCCAGUCUUCCCACAACAUGAAUUUUGGCGGCGAGACAGAGGAACCAAUUAGGAGAGUUCAAAACUCAAUCCAACCAAGUUCACCACCCAGAAUCAUACAGUCUUCCAACGACAUGAACUUUGGCCGCGAGACGGAGGGGUCGGUCGGGCGAGUUCAAAAUUUAAUCCAAGCAAUUUCACCACCUAGGAUCAUUCUUUCGAGUUCACCACCUAGGAUCAUCCAAUCAAGUUCACCACCUAGGAUCACCAAAUCAAGUUCACGACCCAGGAUCACCAAAUCAAGUUCACGACCCAGGAUCAUCCAGUCUUCUAACGACAUGGAUUUCCGACUCCAGCGUAUCGACGCCCUGCUUUCUUCUAGGGACCCGAUUCUCGGCCGUCCGAGCAAUAAUGCCUUGCCUGGUUCAUCUUAUCAAAUGCCAAUGGAGAUAGAUGACGAUGACGAUGACCCUGUCGUAGUCUCGAAUCCCAAUACUACUUCUAUCCGCACGGUAUCAGUCGAAACACACAAAUCAGGAUCCUCGAAAAAAAGACCGUCCAGCAUCCGACUACCCAGCAACGGAAUUUCAAAAAGUGGGCCUUCAACCCGUAGGCCACCCAGCCAUCGGCCGUCAAAAAGUGGCCUCAUCGGCAAUAUACCGUCUACUAGCGGACCAUCUCGAGACAAACGACCAGUCGUAUCACCUAACCCCAUUUCCAACUCCAACUUCGACAGCCACGAGCAAGUGAACGGCGCCGAACCUAAGCAGUUCGUAGCCAAGCCACUGCCAAUUUGGUAUGAAAGCAUCAAAACCACAAGCUUAGGAAUGAAAAAUAUCAACAAGCAUCCCACAUAUGAUCAGUCACAAGCUAAUACGGCCUUAUCGAGCAUGAAAAGCUGUAUCCUGUAUUGCGAGCAAGGCAAAGAUGAAUUCGAUGAGUUGAGAGACCAAAUUCACAAGGCCGAGAUCUUACUCAGGGUAGACAAAUACGUUGUCCGGAAGAACAGAAUGCUUGAGCCAGCAUACGGGCUUCCUCGUAUCUUCGCCACGACCCUGAUGAAGGUACCCGAAGAUCUCAGGAUGGAUUCAUGGCAGUUGUAUCUGCGCUGGCACCAGGAAGUUUUUGAGAUCGAUAUACUUCGUGGCAUUGAAGUGCGAAUGGGUCGGGAUCGUAGUGCUGACAGAAUUGCUUCUACCUGGAAGAAAGUAAAUGCACGGUACUAUGGCGAGGGAGACUUGGUCUUAGGACAGUGGUGGCCCACGCAGCUAUGUCUGGUGCGAGACGGUGCUCAUGGGGCUGCGCAGGGUGGUAUCUACGGCGAGAAAUUGCGUGGAGCGUUUUCCAUUGUACUUUCAGGCGGAUCCCAAUACGAGGACGAGGACAAAGGGGAUACGAUCUGGUAUAGCGGUACAGACGGGAAGAACUCUAAGCCCACUGAGAACACGCUCCGGAUGGUGGAAAGCUGCGAUACCGUUCAUAAUAAUGUGCGGGUCUUUCGAUCACAUCAACUCAGCAAAAAGAAUCCCUUUCGACCCGAGGUUGGACUGCGGUACGAUGGUCUUUACACUGUGCAGCAAAAACAGUUGAGGGAUGAAGAGAAACAGAUAUUCAGGUUUCUGCUGGUUCGAUGCAAGAAUCAGCAUCCGAUUCGCUAUGGAGACAAUUCGUGGGCCAGGCCGACAAAAUUUGAGAUCCAAGAGGACACGAAGCUGAGGCUGCAUGGUCGGGCUUAG